CAGGAUCCUUGGGAGAGAAUUUUUGGUAGAGCCAAGGGUUGGUAUUACCCAGUGUCCAGGGUCCUGCACCUUGCGCUCAAUCUCUUAGGGCGCUGUGGGAGACACAGAAUAAUUCUGUUCUGUUCUCCAAGCACAUGUGUGAUCUCAUCCGUGCUGAGCUAGACAACUAGGGGAUGUACAUCCUGGCCCUGGGUGAUCCAGGCUCUCAUUGGCUGGGUUGUGGGUGUGCAGCCUGGAGGAGUGCUGGGGUGGCUCUUUGGAAGCAGGCCAGGGCUGAGUGGCAGCUCACAGGUUUAGUUUAGCUGAAAUCUGAAUGUCUGCCACAGCAGCUUGGUGCCCCUUAGCUUCUUGAUCUGCUGCCUCUUCUUUCUUGCGUUCUCAUUUGCAGGACAGACUCUUUAGUUGGGAAGGAGAGAUUCAGUCUGGAUUGAUGUGCAUUUAUGCAGCACCUGCUGUGUCCCUGGGUCUGAGCUGGGUACAGCCACAGGUCUUGAAGAGCAAGAGGUCUGCUCUUGCCUUUUAGUCAUUCUGGGGAGUUGCUUAGUUUAAGUGGGAUGAGCUUCAGACUUACACGUCUGCACAGUGUGUCACCUUGAAUAGGUGAGACCCCACCCUCACCCCUCUGAGCCUUGAUUUGCUCGUCUGGAAAUGGGCUGAUAUGGGGAUUUGAUGAGCUCAAGUGGACCUGCCCUAGAACAGAGGGGCCUGGAGAACAGGAGCCAGCAGGUGGUGUUAAUGUGAGCUGUGAGCUCUCCCUCUUUGCCUUGUGUGUUCUGAAGUCCUCCCUGCUUUCAGCACAUUUUAAUCCCCACAGUGACCCUUCUCCUGCUUACAGAGGAGGAAGCAGUGAAAAGAGGUGAUUUGCCCAGGGUCAUACUGCAAUCACAUGGCACCAGCAACUCUAGACUCUAACCACUGUACGACACAGCCACCCUGCUGCAGGGAGGGAAACUGCUAUCAGCCUGGGGACUGUGCAUGUUUACCCGGUGUUCACUGAGGGAACUGGCGCCCUGCUGUGUGCUGCUGAUGGGCAGAGUCUUUUUGCUCCAGACAGCUCAAGAGGCAAGCACCAAUAGAAUCAGCUCUUAAACAGGAGAGUGCUGGGAUACAGCCGGAGGUGGGGCUUGGGGGGGCUCAGUUCCUAGUGUUGUCUGAGCCCCUGUUUUCUCUGCUUCUAACCUGUAGGGUACAAACAUCAGCCCAGUGGGCUGCCGGGGUUUUCUGAGCAUGCCACACGAGCCCGUUCUGGGUCACAGAAGAUGCUCUGUAGACUGAGGACUCUGGCCUUUCCCGCCUCCAGCAGCUGGGCUUGGAAGGCGCCAGGUCCCACAACCUGGAGAGUGUGGAGGGCAUGGAGGGAACGCUGACCCCUUCCUUCCCAGCUUCCAUUCACGUUUCCCUUCUCGCCUCUGUGCUGGCUGGGCCCCAGGGCUGCUUCUGCCCACCCCUCAUGUAUCUCUGCUUCCCUCUGCCCUUCCUCCUCCUCUCCCAUCUGAGCCCCUCCCACCCCUGGCAUAGUCACGUGGGGGCAACCCCGGAUUUAAACUUAAUCUGCUGGGCGCUCAGCCCAGCACCCUGGCGUUGUGUGUUAGUGCGUUGGUGCCUAGCUGAUCUGAUCUUGAUACUUUGGGGAGGGGGGCUGUGGGGUACCCACAGACCCCCCUCCAGGAACCUAGGGCUGGCAGAAUCCCUGCAGCCCCAGCUGGCAUUGGAGAUCGUGAUCCAGACACUGGAGAGCCGUGUCCUGACACCAGACCAAGAGAAGAGCCUGAGCGUGCACAGCCCAGCCCAGGACUCCCAGGGUGCCAGCCUGCCGGUCUGUCUCAGGCAGAUCAUCACCCGAAACCUCUCUCAGCCUGAGAGCCCAGCCCCUCUCCAGGUCCCACAGAUGGCUUCACUGCUGUCUCUGCAGGAAGAGAACCAGCUACUGCAGCAGGAGCUGUCCCGUGUGGAGGACCUGCUGGCCCAGAGCCGUGCUGAGCGCGAUGAGCUUGCCAUCAAGUACAAUGCCAUCAGUGAGAGGCUGGAGCAGGCUGUGCGUCUGGAGGCUGGGGAGCUGGAGGCACAGGAGUCCAAGGGGCUGGUGCGGCAGAGCGUGGAGCUGCGGAGGCAGCUGCAGGAGGAGCAGGCCUCCUACCGGCGCAAGCUGCAGGCCUACCAGGAGGGCCAGCAGCGGCAAGCCCAGCUAGUGCAGCGGCUGCAGGCCAAGAUCCUGCAGUACAAGAAACAAUGCUCCGAGCUGGAGAAGCAGCUGCUGGAGAAGUCCGAGGAGCUGGAGCAGCAGCGCCUGAGGGACACAGAACACAGUCAGGACCUGGACAGCGCCCUCCUGCGCCUGGAGGAGGAGCAGCAGAGAAGUGCCAGCCUGGCCCAGGUGAAUGUCAUGCUGAGAGAGCAGCUGGAUCAGGCAAACGAGGCCAACCAGACUCUGAGCGAGGACAUUCGCAAGGUGACCAAUGACUGGACCCGCAGCUGCAAGGAGCUGGACCAGAGAGAGGCAGCAUGGAGGCGCGAGGAAGAGUCCUUCAAUGCCUACUUCAGCAGAGAGCACAGCCGACUGCUCCUCCUUUGGAGGCAGGUCAUGGGGCUCCGACGGCUGGUCAGCGAGCUGAAGAUGGGCACAGAGAGGGAUCUACUGCAGCUGGGAGGGGAGCUAGUCCGGACAUCCCGGGCUGUCCAGGAGGUGGGCCUGGGACUGAGUGCCAGCCUGCAGCGGGCUGAGAGCCGGGCUGAGGCAGCUCUUGAGAAGCAAACACUGCUGCAGGCCCAACUGGAGGAGCAGCUACGGGCCAAGCUGCUCCAGGAGAAGGACCUGGCCCAGCUGCAGGUGCAGUGUGACCUGGACAAGGCCGACCUUAGUGCCAGAGUGACCGAGCUGGCCCUGACUGUGGAGCAUCUUCAGAACCAGAACUCAGAGAAGGAUCAGGCCAACAGGACCCUCUCUGAAAAGUUGGAGGCCCUGGAGUCUCUGCGACUGCAGGAGCAGGCAGCCCUGGACACUGAGGAUGGAGAGGGCCUGCAGCAGACGCUGAGGGACCUAGCACAGGCUGCCCUGUCGGACACAGAGAGUGGUGUCCAGCUCAGUAUCUCAGGGCACACCGCGGACACCUCUGAUGGCAGCCUACGGGGGCUUUCCGGCCCGCGGACCCCAACCCCACCACGGCACUCCUCCCCGGGUCGAGGCCGUUCUCCGCGCCGAGGCCUGUCCCCAGCCUGUUCUGACUCCUCCACACUCGCGUUAAUCCACUCCGCCCUGCACAAACGCCAGCUGCAGGUCCAGGACAUGCGCGGGCGUUAUGAAGCCAGCCAAGACCUGCUGGGCACCGUGCGCAAACAGCUCAGUGACAGCGAGGGUGAGCGGCGUGGCCUGGAGGAGCAGCUGCAGCGCCUGCAGGACCAGAUAGCGGUCACAACCCAGACCCAAGAGGAUGCCCUGCGUGAGGCCCAACGCCUGCGCAGUGCCAACGAGCUCCUGAGCAGGGAGAAGAGCAGCCUGGCCCAGAACCUGCAGGUGACGCAGAAGCAGGUUGAGGAGCUGCGCCAGGAGCUGGAAAAGCUGCAGGCUGCCCAGGAGGAGCUGAGGCGUCAGCACACCCAGUUGGAGGAUGAGCAAGAGGACACAGUGCAGGAGGGAGCCCGGGCCCGCAGAGAGCUGGAGCGCAGCCACAGGCAGCUGGAGCAGCUGGAAGUGAAGCGCUCGGGGCUGGCUAAGGAGCUGGUAGAGGUGCGGGAGGCACUGAGCUGCGCCGUACUGCAGAGAGACGUGCUGCAGGCAGAGAAGGCAGAGGUGGCCGAGGCCCUGACCAAGGCUGAGGCUGGCCGUGCACAGCUAGAGCUCUCCCUGACCAAGCUGAGGGCAGAGGAGGCUUCCUUGCGAGACUCCCUGUCCAAACUGAGUGCCCUCAAUGAGAGUCUUGCCCAGGACAAGCUGGAGCUAAACCGCCUCAUGGCCCAGCUAGAGGAAGAAAAGGCGGUGCUCCUGGGCCGACAGCAGCAGGCAGAGCAUGCCACUGCGUUGGCUCUGGAGGAGCAGGAACGGUUGGAGCAGCUGAGGCUGGAGCAGGAGGUGGAGCGGCAGGGCCUGGAGGGCUCCCUGUGUGCAGCUGAGCAGGCCAGGGAGGCGCUGGAGCAGCAACUCCUUGCAUUGCGCAGUGAACGUGGUCAUCUGCAGGAGCAGCUGGCCCAGCUCUCCCGGCAGCUGAAUGGACGGGACCAGGAGCUGGAGCAGGCCCUGCGGGAGUCACAGCGGCAGGUGGAGGCACUGGAGCGCACCGCCCGGGAGAAGGAGGCUCUGGCCAAGGAGCGGGCCGGCCUGGCUGUGCAGCUGGCAGCAGCAGAGCGUGAGGGUCGGACCCUGUCGGAGGAGUCUAUUCGCCUACGCCUGGAGAAGGAAGCCCUGGAGAGCAGCCUGUUUGACGUGCAGAGGCAGCUGGCUCAGCUUGAGGCCCGCCGGGAGCAGUUAGAAGCUGACAGUCAAACCCUGCUGCUGGCCAAGGAAACUCUGACAGGGGAGCUGGCAGGCCUGCGGCAGCAGGUCACAGCCACAGAAGAAAAAGCAGCCUUGGACAAGGAGCUGAUGACCCAGAAGCUGGCGCAGGCUGAGCGAGAGGCGCAGGCCUCUCUGCGGGAGCAGCGGGCAGCCCACGAGGAAGACCUCGAGAGACUCCGGCGUGAGAAGGAGACUGCGUGGCGGGAACUGCAGGCAGAGCGGGCCCAGCUGCAGGGCCAGCUGCAGCAGGAGCGAGAGGAGCUGCUGGCACGGAUGGAGGCUGAGAAGGAGGAGCUGAGUGAGGAGAUCGCUGCACUGCAGCAGGAGCGGGAUGAAGGCCUGCUCCUGGCCGAGAGCGAGAAGCAGCAGGCCUUGUCCCUGAAGGAGUCUGAGAAGACAGCGUUGUCCGAGAAGUUGAUGGGAACCCGGCACAGUCUGGCCGCCAUCUCUCUGGAGAUGGAACGGCAGAAGCGAGAUGCCCGGAGCCGGCAGGAACAGGACCGGAACACAGUGAACGCCUUGACAUCUGAGCUUCGAGACCUCCGGGCCCAGCUGGAGGAGGCCACCGCGGCCCAUGCCCAGCAGGUGAAAGAACUCCAGGAGCAGACUGGGGACCUGGGCAGGCAGCGGGAGUCCUGUGUGCGUGAGGCAGAAGAGCUGAGGACUCAGCUGCGCCUGUUGGAGGACACCCGUGAUGGGCUUCGGAGGGAGCUGCUGGAGGCUCAGCGCAAGGCUCGGGACAGCCAGGAGGACUGUGAGGCCCAUCGCCAGGAGGCCAGCGAGCUGCGGCGCAGUCUGAGUGAGGGCACCAAGGAGCGUGAGGCCCUGCGGCGUUCCAACGAGGAGCUGAGGGCUGCGGUGAAGAAGGCCGAGAGUGAGCGCAUCAGCCUGAAGCUUGCCAGUGAAGACAAGGAGCAGAAGCUAGCUCUCCUGGAGGAGGCUCGAGCGGCCGUCGCCAAGGAGGCUGGAGAGCUGCGGGCCUCGCUGCAGGAGGUGGAACGGUCCAGGCUGGAGGCUCGCCGUGAGCUGCAGGAGCUUAGGCGACAGAUGAAGAUGCUGGACAGUGACAAUGUCAGGCUGGGCCGGGAGCUGGCAGACCUGCAGGGCCGCUUGGCCCUGGGCGAGCGGGCAGAAAAGGACAGCCGGCGAGAGGCGCUGGGCCUGCGGCAGAAGUUGCUGAAAGGCGAGAGCAGCCUGGAGGCCUUGAAGCAGGAGCUCCAGGGAUCCCAGAGGAAGCUGCAGGAGCAAGAGGCUGAGUUCCGGUCUCGCGAGCGAGGCCUACUGGGCUCCCUGGAGGAGGCCCGCGGCACCGAGAAGAAGCAGCUGGAGGUGGCCCGGGGCCUGGAGCUGAGGCUGGAGGCGGUGCGGGCCGAGACCUUGGAGCUGGGGCUGCGGCUGAGUGCGGCCGAGGGCCGGGCACAGGGCUUAGAGGCGGAACUGGCCCGCGUGGAGGCGCAGCGGCGGGUGGCCGAGGCCCAGUUGGGUGGCCUGCGCUCUGCCCUGCGUCGGGGCCUGGGUGUGGGCCGAGUGUCCGGCUCCCCAGCACGGGUGUCCAGCUCCCCAGCGAGGGAGGCCCCCGCGGGAGGAAGUGGGGAUGGUCUUAGCAGCCCCAGUCCUUUGGAAUUCAGCCCUCAGUCCCAGCCACCAUCUCCAGGACCCGUUGCCUCCCCAGCACCUCCAGACUUGGAGCCAGAGGUGGUGCGAGAUGCCCUCCGAGACUUUCUGCAAGAGCUUCAGAGUACCCAGCGGGAGCGGGAUGAACUCAAGGUCCAGACCAGCACCCUUAGUCAACAGCUGGCUGAGAUGGAAGCAGAGAGAGACCGUGCAACCUCAAGGGCUAGGCAGCUGCAGAAGGCGGUAGCUGAGAGCGAGGAAGCCUGGCGCAGUGCCGACAGGCGGCUGAGCGGGGCCCAGGCCGAGCUGGCACUGCAGGAAGAGAGUGUGCGGCGUAGCAAGCGGGAGUGCAGGGCCACGCUGGACCAGAUGGCAGCACUGGAGAGGAGCCUGCAGGCCACCGAGAACGAGCUCCGGGCCAGCCAGGAGAAAGUCAGCAAGAUGAAGGCCACCGAGGCGAAGCUGGAGAGCGACAAGCGGCGGCUGAAGGAGGUGCUGGAUGCCUCAGAGAGCCGCUCCGUCAAGCUUGAGCUGCAGCGGCGUGCCCUUGAAGGCGAGCUGCAACGCAGCCGCCUGGGUCUGGGGGACCGUGAGGCCCACGCUCAGGCCCUCCAGGAUCGGGUGGACUCCCUACAAAGACAGGUGGCAGACAGUGAGGUGAAGGCAGGGACCUUGCAGCUAACAGUGGAACGGCUGAAUGGGGCACUGGCCAAGGUGGAGGAGAGCGAGGGGGCCCUGCGGAGCAAGGUGCAGAGCCUGACUGACGCCCUGGCCCAGAGCAGCGCCAGCCUCACCAGCACCCAGGACAAGAAUCUGCACCUGCAGAGGACCCUGAGCACCUGUGAACAUGACCGCCAAGUGCUCCAGGAACGGUUGGAUGCUGCCAGACAGGCAUUGUCCGAAGCACGGAGGCAAAGCAGCUCCCUGGGUGAGCAGGUGCAGACUCUGCGGGGCGAGCUGGCCAGUGUGGAGCUGCAGCGGGGCGAUGCUGAAGGCCAGCUACAGCAGCUGCAGCAGGUACUGCGACAGCGGCAGGAAGGCGAGGCCAUGGCUCUGCGCUCUGUCCAGAAGCUGCAGGAAGAGCGGCGGCUGUUGCAGGAGCGCCUGGGCAGUCUGCAGCGAGCCCUGGCUCAGCUAGAAGCUGAGAAACGUGAGGUGGAACGGUCAGCGCUGAGGCUGGACAAGGACCGCGUGGCACUCAGGAGGACCCUGGACAAGGUGGAGCGGGAGAAACUCCGAAGCCACGAGGACACCCUGAGGUUGAAUGCCGAGAAGGGCCGCCUGGACCGCACACUCACAGGGGCUGAGCUGGACCUGGCUGAGGCCCAACAGCAGAUCCAGCAGUUGGAGGCACAGGUGGUAGCCCUGGAGCAGAACCACAGUCCGGUCCAGCUGGAGGCAGAUGAGCAGCACCUGGAGCUACAGCAGGAGGUUGAGCGCCUGCGAAGUGCCCAGGUGCAGACGGAGCGCACGCUGGAGGCACGGGAGCGGGCCCACCGCCAGCGAGUGUCGGGACUGGAGGAGCAGGUGGCCAUGCUGAAGGCACAGCUGCAGAAGGAGCUUCGAAGGAGCUCAGCACCCGUCUCCCCUCCCUCUGGUACCCCGGAGCAAUGAGUUCCUUCUGGCCAACAUCCUGAGCACAGUCAUCUUGGCAGGAGAUGGGGCCCUUAGAAACAUAGGCUGCCACAUCAGAGUGUGGUAGGAGGGAGCUGGGGUGACAGAUGAGGGUGGCACUGUGGCUUCUCAAAGUUACUACACCACCUAUACCACUCCAGGCCCCUCUCCUAGAAGAUCCUCUGACGGCCAAGGCUCUUCCUGGCUGAGCCAGCCAGGGGUCAGGGAGAGCGCUUGUUUCCGCCAGCAACAGAGCAGGGCUUUCCCAGGAAGGAAUGCCCGGGCCGGAGCAGCACCAGGGAGUUCUCCCUUGACUCUUUGUGUCAGAAGCUCCUUAGUGAGCUUAGAGCCCUUGUAUUUUUGUACCUUUUUAUACUGUUAACUGUGGAGAACUGUUGUGCUUUUUGGAACAUGACCUGUUUUUUAGAAUCA